AUGAAAUUUAUCGUCCUCAUCUUGGGUUUUCUGGUUUUGGGUAUAACAGCACCACCACCGAACAGGCAACAAGCUCAGGAACAACAACAACAAGCACAACAAAAUGAACCACAAAAGCCGGUAAGCUUUUAUAAUCGGAUUUGAAAUGUUUAUAUUUGUAUUGUUUAUUUUAGAUGUACGAAUUUGCUUACUCGAAAUACCUCGAACAAGUUAUUAAAGUGCUGGAAAGUGAUCCAAAGUUUCAAGAACGAGUUAAAGGAAUGAGCGAGAACGACAUAAAGGUAAGCUAUGAUGUUAAGAUACAGUUUUUUUGUUUAGGAAGGAAAGAUUGCUGAUCAUAUUGAUGAUUUGAGCCCAGAAGUUUUCAAUGAGCUCACAAAAGCCAAGUUACAAGAAAUAGAAAGGCUACGAGAACAAAUUAAUGAAGAUAUUAAAAUACAUGGUGACCCAAGCAAGAUUCCAGUACCUGAACACAUUGAUGUAUACAACUGGGAAAAGUUUCAUAAGGAAGAUUUAAGGAAAUUGAUUCAGAAGGUAUGUUUUGUUGUUUUAGGUAAUAAGUUUUUUCUUAUUUUAAGUAACAUUUUUAAUUUUUUACGUCAUUUUCGACUUACCGUGUUAAUGAAUGCUUAUUUUUAGACUGUGUCACACAUGGAGGAAAUUGACAAGCAGAGAAAGGAAAAGUUCAAGGAAUAUGAAAUGCAAAAGAAAGCUGAAGAAGAUCAUAAGUUGGCUAAGCUUCCUCCAGAUCAAAGAGCCCAAGAAAAACAGAAACUUGACGAAUCUCAUAAAAGACACAAUGAGCACGACAAGCUGAAACAUCCAGGAGGUCGUGAACAACUCGAAGAAGUUUGGGAGGAAACUGAUCACGUUUGUUUUUUAAAACUUUUUAGUACGAAGUAUUUUUGAAGUUGCAAAGCCUUAUAUUUUAAAUUGAAAUGUAAAAUUAUGUUAGUAUAUGUUUUAGAUGGAGAAGGACAACUUCGAUCCACGAACUUUCUUCGCGCUUCAUGAUCUAAAUGGCGAUGGAUACUGGAAUGACGACGAAUUGGAAGCUUUGUUUCAAAUUGAAUUGUCAAAGCUUUACAACGAGACAGAUCCAGAUGAUGAUCCAAAAGAGAGGUUAGUUUUUUUAAAAUUUUUUUCUGUUGUCAUAACGUAAUGGUUAUUCUAAAAGAUUGAGAUCUUUUCCAAUUUUUUAGAGUAGAAGAAAUGUACAGAAUGCGAGAGCACGUUGUAAAGCAGAUGGACAAGAACAACGACCGCUUGAUCGCGCUGCAAGAGUUUCUACAGGAUAGCGAAGCUACUGUCGAUGACAACAAAGAUGAAGGAUGGAAGGACCUAGGUGAACAAGAAGUGUACACGGAAGAGGAGUUGAAGAAGUUUGAGGAAGAAUACGCAAAGGAACAAGGUUGGGGUGAGCACGCCUAUGACCCGUAUGACCCUCCUAAUUUAGAUAGAACCACGCCAGGAGGAGUACAAGGACAACAGGUAAGACAAGGCGUUGGUUUGCUGAGUGCGCUCGUUAUUUUACAUUCACUGUCAUCAUUUUCUGCCAAGUUUUUUAAGCACGCUUAGAAUUUUAAAUUUAAAAAACUUUUUUAUACUAAGGUUGUGCUGUGUUUGAUUUAUUCCUAAUUCCUAUGUGUGUUUGCCGUAAAAUGACUGUAAAAGAAUAACGAGCGUAUAAUGUUAUCUUCUUAGCCAAUCCAACCGGUAAACUCACAACAACAAUCCCAUGUCAACCCUCCGCCAGUUCAACAACAAGCUGAGCAAGUUCAUCCUCAACAAGUCAAUCCACAAGGAAACCAGGUCCCACCUCAAGUUCACAAAGUCCCUAAAGCCGUCGAUCCUCAAUACGGGAUAUAA